GUAUACAUUUAUUUUUCUGAGCACCAUAUUAGGAGCCCUCGCGGCGCCGAACGUUUCCUAUUCGUCUUUUGUCCGCUGCUGAUUCCCUGCCGCUGCGCUUAACUACAGCGCUUUACAACUGGAAUUGAGGAUGAAGCGUGAUGCAAUCAUCGAAAUCUGCGCUGCGACUUCUAGUCUUAGGCCCCUCAAUCGCUGAGGACGCAGCGGGCAAGCAGUCUUUCACAAAAAGCGUUAAGAGGCAUAUCAACCGCUGCCGGCUAUGGCUGAUGGGGGCGAGCAAGGGGCAGGCUGCUUUGCUACUGCUGGGCCUGGGGGGUCUGACACUGCUGUCCCUCGUCGUGCUGCUUCAAGUGGCGCUGCGGAUAGAACGCGGAGCAGAGCAGCACGGAGUGGACAAGUAUGCUGUAUACAUUGACGGCGGUAGCUCCGGCACGCGCGUGCGCGUGUUCCGCUACCGGUCCGCCCGCUGGCCGGAGUACGUGUCGCUGGUGCUGCCGGAGCCCUCUAGCGCCAUAGAGCCUGGCCUGUCCGCGUACGCCGACCGGCCGGUGCAGGCGGCUGACAGCCUGCAGCCGCUGCUGGACUUCGCGUAUGAGCACGUCCCGGCGGACGUGUGGCCGGUGACGCCUGUGCGGCUGCUCGCCACUGCGGGCCUGCGGCUGCUGACGGACCAGCAGCAGUCAGCCAUCCUGGCGGCCUGCAGUUCGCGGCUGGCGGCCUCGCGCUUUGCCUUCGAGCUAAGCUGGGCGCAAGUGAUUGGCGGCGAGCUGGAGGGCCUGUACGGCUGGGCGGCUGUCAACUACAUCACGGGGGCACUGCAGGAGGCGUCCGGCCACGCGCACCACAGCCGCAAGGAGGUGAUCGACCCGGCGCAGCUGUUCACGGGCAUUUUGGAGAUGGGCGGCGCCUCCAUGCAGCUCACCUUCCUGCCGCCCGCGCACGAGAAGCUGCCGGAGCACCACGGCUCGCAGCUGCACCUACCGGGCGUGCCGUCGCGCCUGUACGCGCACAGUUACCUCGGACUGGGCAUGGAUGCGGCGCUGGCGCGUGCGGCCGACUUCGUGCUGGAACACAGCCGCACGAUGAAUGGCACUAGUAGCAGUGUCAUUAGCAGUAGCAAUAGCGGCGGAAGCAACCAAGGGCGUGUGCUGACGGCGAUUGCGGAGAGCGAUGCGAACGCGGCGGAUGCAGCUGGCUCAAUAUCCGACCCCUGCCUUCCCAUCGGGUACGUGACGGACGACGGCCGCCACGGAAACGGCUCCUUCAGCCAGUGCCUGGACGUGGUGCACCGCAUCAUGCCAGACCACAACUGCUCCGCGCCGGCGCCGGCGUCCGCGCUCGGGAGGCACGGCGGCGGCGGCGGCAGCGGCGGCGGCGGCGUCACUGGCAGCGCCCGGGCGGCGGGGCUAGCGCACACGGGCCGGACGCUGUCGUCUGAAGCGGACGCGGCGGCGGCCGGGCGGUCGCAGUCGGGUGCAGGCUCAGGCAAGGCGGGUGGUGAGGAGGACGUGGUGCCGUCAGAGAGCUAUGGCAACGAGGAGGAGGUGGUGUUGCCAGGGGACAAUGACGGCAGUGGCGGCAGCAGUGGCAGCGGGGGUACCGAAUCCGAAGCCGGUGGGCACGGCGGGCACGGCAGUGAUGGUGUCGGCGGCAGUGGCGGCGGCUGUGUGCUGCAGGGCAGCUACGUGCCGGCCCUGGCGGGGAAAUUCGUGGCGGUGGAGAACUUCGCGUGGACGGCUCGGGCGCUGGGACUGCCGUCGAGGUCGACGCUGCGGGAGCUGCGCGAACACGGCAACCGCUACUGCUCGCGGCACUGGUCCAGCCUGCAUGCGGAGUUCAGCGGCCACAUACCCGACCAGUUCCUGGUCCGCUACUGCUUCGGUGCAGCCUACAUCCUGGCGCUGCUGCACACCGGGCUGGGCUUUGGGCUGGACGACAGCCGCCUCACCUGGACCAACACCGUGCCGCACGCGCCCAGCGGCGAGCAGGUGCCGCUCAACUGGGUGCUGGGCGCGGCGGUGGUGGACGCCAUGAACGCGGCAGGGCGCGGCAGCGGCGGUAGCGGAGGUGGAGGCGGGGGAGGGUCGGCUAGGUUUUGGACGCAUGACGAGGGCUCCCGGGCGGCGCUCAAGGCGGGCUCCACAGUGCUGGUGCUGCCGCUGGCGGCGCUGGCCGUGAUGGCGCUGGCGCUGGCGCUCCGGCUGCGAGGCAGCGCCAGUGCGACAGCCAAGGGCUCCGCCAGCGGGCGGGCGCACGGGGUGGCGCUGCAGGCCGCCACGCCCGGCAUAGCGUUGGGCUCCGGCGCCGCCGGCAAGGGAGGCGGAACGCGGCCGAGCCGUUACACCGGCGGCGUGAUAACGCCGCCGGGCGCGGCACAUUUGCCGGGUGGCUGGACGAGUGCUAUGGCGCCGGCGGGGACAGCUCCCACACUGGUGCCUGACAUGCCGGAGGCGGCAGCGCAGGAGCCGGGGUUAGGCAGGCUGUCAAUAAGCGAGGCGCGGGCCAGCUUCGGAGACAGCAGCGGCCCGCCAGGGUUAGACGGCGCGGUGGUGGGCUUCGUAUCUGGACGCGUCAGCGCCCUUCGGGCGCAGAGCGGUGGAGGCGGCGGCACCACCAUGCGGCGCAACCCAAGCUUCAUUACGGUGGUGAUUGGGGACGGCGGCUCGAGCGCGGGGCAGGGCGCGCCGCACGGUGGCAGGUAAUGACACGGUUUCAGAGGCAUGCAUCCUGGCUAUGCGGUAGUGAGCGGACCGACGAAGGAAGUGAGCCACGUGCAUGGAACGCGAUAAUGUGCGCGGAAUGCAGCUGAAUGCUGGGGUAGGCAAUGUCAAGGUGGUGCUAGCUGGGGUGGCAGGCAGCAGCGGUGGUGCCGCGACAGCGUCGGUGGUGCACCCUUAAAGAUGGUGCUAGCUGGGUAGUGCUAGCUGGGUGGGCGUGCGUUCUGACACCUGUUCUGGAAAGGUCAUCGUGGAGAUGACCAAAGGCCGCCAGGUUCCACUGUCAAGUUUUGUGCCAGAACAAUA